AUGGAUAGUCUCAUACGAAAAAUACGACAGAGAGUGCCAGUAAAAUAUCUGGAGGAUAUUUCUACAGCAGAGCUGGCACUGAAUACCCAAAGGCUACUGCGAGAAUGCGAACUGAUAGCAAACCGGAACCCAUACUACAUACUUACCUUCCUGAAAUCUGCUAUCAAAAGACUGGAACAGGACAACUGCGAGCUUGACGACGAACUGUUUGAAUUUUUCAGUGAAUUGCUCGGAGCAAAACCGCUGAGUCCCACGGAUUUCGAAGUUAUCACAUACAGCAUCAAGGCAGCAGAGAGAGUUGAAAAGGAUAGCAUAAUAGAGAUCAACGAAUCUCCCCAACUAAUCUCGGGAUACGGCACCACUGGAAGAAGAACCUGGGAAGCGGCACUAUAUUUGUCCAAUUACUUGCUUGAGAACCCCGAUUUGGUUCCAGGAAAGACCGUUUUGGAGUUAGGUGCUGGUACAGGGCUGGUCAGUCUUGCAUUGGGGAAGUAUACGGGAGCAUCCAGCAUUGUGGUUACUGAUGGAGAUGCCAAUCUGAUUGAGAAUUUAGGGGCCACCCUAAAAUUGAACAACAUCUCCAAAGAUGAUCCCAAAUGGAUUUUUCAGAGUUUGCUGUGGGGUGAAGAUCAAGUGCCUGAUGGUGUUGAUAUUCUCGUUGGUGCUGAUAUCACUUAUGACUCCACCAUCAUCCCUGUACUUCUCCAAACCAUCACUGCAGCAUUCCUUCAGAACCCAAACCUGGUGGUGUACAUCUCUGCAACAAUCAGAAACGAAGAGACUAUUGCGGUUUGGGAUAAUUCCAUAGCGCAGUCAGAUAUUCAAUGCAGCGUGAUAUCAUACUCAAGUUGCCCGAACCAAGACUUGAAAGAUUCCGGUAUAUGGUACAGUGUUACAACCCCGGAGAUUAGGAUAUAUGAAUUAAGAAAAUGA